AAAUUGGCACCUGUCCCUUCCUUCUUCGAAUCCGACUGCUGAAUGGAUUAGAUCUUCCUUCUUCAUCUGGAAGGUAGCAUCUGGAGCGGAGCUGGUUUAGGGGACAAGUCCGGCGAGGAGAUCGGUGGCCGCCGCCGGCGGAUGGUGCGGAGGGUGGGUAGGGAGGGGACAGCGUUAGGGCAGACGAUGUAGAUAUGUGUAUGUCUCUCUUGUGGUGGACCUAUUAAGAUUGGGCUUGGGCUAAUCUACAAAAUUGAGCCAAUAGGCCCACUUCAACACAACAGUAAGGUUAUGAAGAACACUCAUAUGCGGCCCACUAAAGAUCUUCCAAUUUCGAGGCACAUAGCCUUGCUAAAUACGCUCUUAGGUAUUCCUGAAGGCCGUCAUCUAUGGCUCCAUCAGUCCCCCAAUCUACAUUGUAUGAUAUAUAAAUGAAGCACGUAUUGCCAUGCAAAAAAAGAAACUACAUGUGUUAAAAAAUAAUAAGAUCUACACUGUACCCCGAUGAGUAUUGUUAAUCAAUAAAGUGAGCAUGUUUACUUAUAGAAAAGGUAAAACAAUCCCCUAAUAUAUGGCACCACUUUGGAAGAUCAUAAUUUAUUUCAUUUUGGGAGUAGUGAAGUAAAUUAGCACUUGCGCCUUUUGGGCAUGAUAAAGUAGCAAACGAAAUAUGCACAUGAUGUUUUUGGAGAAUAAACUGUCAGCCAUAUUCGUGCAAUUAAGCUGAUCUCAUACAAGUUUUACCAAGUUUUACCACCAAGUACUUCAACCCAAGCAUCGUACCCCUAGUCUAAUAUUGUGGUGCAAAGACAUGGGAAUCUUGUAACGCGUGGGACACCAAUCUUGAACUUGUACCUAAAAUAAGUACUAGAGGCCAGAAAAGGGGAAAAUGAGCAUUUCUAGAAUUAGUCCAGACAACCAGAAAAGGGGAACUUGUACCUAAAAUAAGUAAUAGGUGGGCCUUCACAACCUUAAUGUAUGAUCCCAACUUCAAAUUAGUCCAGACAACCAGAAAAAAGGAAAAAAGAUUAUCUCUAAAAUAAUGCAGACAUGGACAUUUUGAGGAACCCCGUGAUGGGAUUUCCUUGGCAGUUGACUUUUGGCCAGUGGCGGCCAAGGUACCUGACCUUGAGAAUGGGGAGCUGGCACUGUCAUUCUUUCCAGAAGAGGUGGGGUGCAGGGAGGGGGGCAAUCGUCGCCAUGAUGGCGGGUUCGGCGUCUGCCCUGAUGGCCUUUCGGUUGCCUUCUUUCAAAAAAUUUGGUCUCAACUUCAGUCGAUGAUCAUGCCGAAAUUCAAUGAAUUUUAUUGGAACUCUUGCCAUGGCGUGCCUGAACUUGGUUUAGUAUGGUAGCGUGAAGUCAAUCCUUUGGGAUACAUGUGGUGCAGUCAUUAGGCGUCCAAUGUUCAUGUCAGAUUUAUCUUUGAGGUAACCCUGCGUGACGGAUAGGGCAUACGGUUGGACAACUAACUCUUGAUGCAUGGCGCGUUUCGGUCAAAACGUAAUUUGGGCACACCCCAACUUUGUCUCGUUGCAAGCACAUUUUUAACGGGUGUCUUCUAGAGCCCAAAUUAAUAUCAUGGUGAUCCCGACCAUAAACAUAUGGUUGUAAGAAUCAAGACCUCAUACUCAUUCCUAUUUUUAUUAUAAGUCUUCAGUAGAAAAGGUGAUAACGAUCCGGUCCAAAAACUAGAAUUUAAUACUUUCAAAAAAGCUUCGUAGGAACCCUUGUCACGGUGCACGUCCUCUCAUGGCUUUGAUAACUCAGGGUCACACUUUGAGGAAAGAGGCAGAGAAUCUUUCUGCUACCCGUUACCGGAUAACUAAAGGGACUCAUCAUCGGUGAUAAAUCUUUCAUCACUGACCCCGAGUCACAGAUAGGCCACUCGCGCGCCUGUGAUGAUAUGAAUUGGCUGGUCAAUGCUAUUCAGUUCUUUAGGAGUGGUAGGCCUCGUCGGCGUGCACUGCCUUGAUCCUCUCAAAGGUCUUCCGAUUCUCCCAUACCCAUCGGAAGGAAACCGUUAGGGGAACGAUGACGAACUUCGGGACGGCGACGCUGUUGAGGGGCAAAUUUAUCCUUGCUCGGCUUCCAUGGAGGUGUACCACCGUCACGUCGUAGGCACAACCAGCGUGCUCCGAUGACUGGAAGGAGCUGAUCCAGUGCUACUUUCACUGUCAUGAGCCUUAAUCUCCGACACACACGUCCCUCAUGGCCGCUAUUGCAUGAUGUGGUACUUCUUCUUUCUCGGUGGUGGCAGGCCGGGCAUGGAUCUAGAGCUUGGUGCGCCAGUGGGUGCUGGGAGUAGCUAUGCGGUCCCAGUUCUCCUGCAUGGUUUAAAAAAAAGUGGGUGCUGGGAGUAGCUAUGCGGCCCCGUUCUGGCCGUAACAUCGACCCAACAGUAGUGGCCCCUCUCACAUUGACUCGGCGGUGCCCCCUGACGUCAAUUCGUCGGCGACCCCGACAGCUAGAUCCAGUCAUUCGUGGUGGCAGGGGCAGCGACAGCCGAUUGAAAGAGGGCUAGAGGGAUUCGGGCUUUCUAGUGGUUUUUUUUUUUCUGAUUUUAAUGUUCACCCGAGAACAGCCCGAAACCCACUCCAGCUCAGGUUGAGAAGGAAAUAGGCCGAGCCGAGCAGCAAAUUUGGGCCCGUUUUGCGACGAGGCCGAGCCGAGCCUGUUUCCGCUCGGUCCUCGGCUUCUCUGUUCGCAAAUUCCCCGGACGCCGCCACGGUUCGUGCCGCGCCGCUCGCCGCCGCCUGACGCCGUCGUCCUCCUUGCCGCACCCGACGCUGGACGGCUCGCUCUCGGCACUGAAGGCGGACGCGCCCUUCCGUCGCUCUCGUGGUUCCUCUCCAAACGCGCCCCUGUCCCCAGCGUCCGCCGCCCCGAGCGCAGGUUGGAUCGGAUUCAGAGGAGGCUAUAAUAAGCACUCAAUCCUGAUUUUCGACGAUUGUCACACACCAAAGGAGCAUCGUUUCAAGAAUAACUGCUGGCGUUUUGUUUGUCGACGCAAGUUGUCUGUUUUGUUCCUUUUGAGAUCGGAUCGCCAUGAAGUUCAAUAGAGAUCGCCGCCGCAGCCGUGAUUCGAAGAAAGCAGCUUGUUAUGGGGAGGAAAGGCUAAGCGAGCUGCCAAGUGAUGUUGUGGUCAAAGUCCGUGAGACGGUGAAAACACAGUCGAAGAAAGCAGCUGGUAAUAGGGAGGAAAGGUUACGCAAGCUGCCCAAUGAUGUGCUGGUCAACAACAUCCUCGAGACGGUGGAAACACAGUCUGCCAAAACAGCUGGUAAUGCGGAGGACAGGCUAAGCAAGCUGCCCAAUGAUUUGCUGAUCAACAUCCUCGAGAGAGUUGGUACCCUUGAUGCUGUAAGAACCUGCAUCCUUUCGAAGAAAAUGCAGAAGCUGCCAACUAUGCUCUCGCAAAUUGUAAUUGAUCUUAGCCCUCGUGAUUUGGUUCAAAUGGAUGGUGUUGUGGCUGACGUGACGGACAAGAUCCUUAGUACGAGGUCUCCACAGAUCACCGUUCGCAAGCUGAAGCUCAAAUUUUUCUUGGUUCCCUCUCGCUGUCUCUCCAUCGGAAAAUCGGUCGGCCUCGCCAUGGCGACCCAGAAGUUGGAUGCAGCUGAGUUUGAGAUCAUGCCACUGAGGGAUAACGGAUGUUGCACUGAUGCCCAUCGCCUGCUCUUUGGUCAGCAGUUCAAUGAUUUUGUUCGUGAUUGCCAGGAUGCAUUUGCUGGUCUCACGCGGCUGGAUCUACGGUUUUUGAGGUUUGGUGAAUCGAACAUACCCAACAUUCUUAGCACCUGCAAGCAGCUCGAGUCCCUGUCUUUCUUCGAGUGUGAUGGGGGGUUCCGCUCGGUGCUGCAUGUAGAACACGCUCGACUCGUUGAGCUUGUUAUCACCUUUGGGGAAUUUAAAACAGUGGUGCUUGACUGUCUACCAAAGCUCCAGCGGAUGACCUACAAUCAUUGGCCCUGUGAUGAAAAUCCCUUGGUUCUUGGUUUUGUCCCUCAGCUUUGGAAGCUCAGUCUUGCUAAUGCAAACCUUUCAGGCAAGAUCCUCAACUUAAGCAAGCUGCUUGCCAGUGCACCCACAGUAAGCGAUUUGUAUCUGGACUUUGUAAGCGAAAAGAUUUGGGUUCAACCAGAAUGCCCAAAAGUCCUUGCUCCUGUGCUUGCCAAACUCCGAUUUCUGAAGCUGGAUCACCACCCCGAAGAAUGUGAUAUCUCUUGGACAAUGUUCGUUCUUGAAGCUGCACCACACGUAGAGGAGCUCUGCAUUACAGUAUGGGACCAUAAGUGCCGAAUGGAGUCACAAAAGAGUUUGUCCGAAAUAUCGGAUGUGAAGUGGGAGCCAUCUGAUCCUCAUUUUAAGCACAAGAAUCUGGCGAGGCUAAUUAUCUAUGGCUUCCAGUCCGAUGACAAUUUCACGGGAUAUGUCAUGCGUGUAAUUCAAGCUGCGGUGAACAUCAGGGAGGUAUCCCUACACGACAGGAAGGUGUGCGAAUUUUGUGCCGAGAAGUUCCCUCACAUGGAGGUUCGUCCUUCGAGUUAUCCACGGACCAGCGAGGAGGUGGAUUUGUUGAGGAAGAAGAUGACAGCAGGGUCAGCGACGGCUUCUCCUGAUAUCCACUUCCGCUCAUAAGGAUAAGGUCGAGUUGAAGAUGAAUCUCAAUGUGGUUGGAAGGACUCCCCUAUCUCAAAGACCCAAUUGGUUGCUUACUACGUCAACGAUCAAUCUUGGAUGUGGUUGGAAGGACUACCUGAUCUCAAAGACAACGUCAGCGCUAUUGCUUUUCUGCAAAAAUGUAUCUUGGCUACCAAUUUGUUGGAACAACUCAUUUAGCUAUUUUAGACAAUGAAAUGUCUAGCAUAAGCACAUCUAUGUUGUGGUUGUGCAGUUCAUGCUUAUGUUGAAUUCAGUCAAUAUUCAGUACAGUACUAUGAAUGAUGCUCUGUUAUUUUUUC